UUACCGUUCACAACCGUUUUGCCGCCACGACGUCCGGUGUGUUUAACGUGUGCGCGACCGUAGUCGAAAUCGAAUAAGUUCAAGUCGAAAAAAAAAAUUCAUCUUAACAUAUCGUUUCGCCAUCGGCGUUUGGUGUAAUACGCUUUAGUUAAAAAAAAUUGGGUUUUAUUUAAUGUAUUAUUUAUUCAGCAGUGUAUAACGAUAAAAGUCAAAUAGUAUCUAGUUCUAUUGUUUUUUUUCCGCGAGACAUAAAUUGCCGGUGUUUUUGCCGGCCGUUGUCCGAUGAUCGACCGCCCGACCAAUUACCGUCGAUCGCGCUCACUUAAAAGAGUUUAAAUAUUAAUUUUGGGUUUUUUCACAACCGGAAACCGCCGCUGGCAUGCCAUCUCAGCCGUUGAUUCGUCCGAGAGGAUUGUUCGUGCACAAAAAAAGCAAUUUUACUUAUUUUGAUCACAUGCCCAUUUUGAUGGCUGAUUUCUUGAAAGACGCCGAUGGGUCGGACAUGCAAAACGUGAACUCGGUCAUUGAGAAUUUUCAGAAAAAGAACACUGCCGGGUCCAUGGGAUUGGCAACCACCGCCUCCGCAGCCACCGCGGUCUCCACCACCACUACAGGCUCCGAUGCAGCCGUCGGUCACCAGAUGGCGUCCAACGCGUCUUCAAACAGUUCGCGCAUAGCCACUUCGUCUACUUCGUCGUCCUCGCAGCGCGUUCACCGGCAGAUUUCCGAAAUGACCACCACGUCGUCGUCUUCAGAGCUCCAAAAGUCUUCGUCAGCCACUUCUUCUGUGCUCGGUUUUGGUGGCGGUAGUAUAGACGAGGCAGACCACAACAGCACUUGCGGUAGCGUUGCCGGUGACCCGCUGGUCACGUUCCCCGAAUCGCCGCCCGUGUUGGUGUCGAACGCCGCUCCUUCUCUGACCCGGCCCUUGCCGUUGAAAAUCACUACGACCGACGGUCAAAAGUACUCGACCGAAAGGCGAGUGUCCUCUUCGAAAACCGUCAAAGAGGCUUACGAGUCGAGUAGCAGCAGCAGUAGCAGUAGCUCUAGCAGUAGUAACGCCAUAGUCGAGUCGCAGGACGCUUUGCAUUCGACCGGGUUCCAAGAGAAGUUGGCAGCCAACGCGUUGGGAACCAGGUUCAGUAUGGACGACAAGAGUACCGAGAUGAAACUCAACAAAAUCCAGGAGAAAAGAACUUUGAAAACUGGAGAGCACAUUCAUCAAGAUAAAAAUCAAAAUAUUAGUGCGGCCACAAUGAAAGUUCAGACUGACUCGUUCAGUUCAGAAAAGAAAGCUUCAAGCGCGCAACAGCAAAGACAAACAAUCACAUCAUCUAACAUGUUCAAUCAGGAGAAACAUAUUGCUCAAUCGUCUAAAUCCAAUUUUACCUUUACUAAAAAAGGGAUGUGUACAAGCUCACAAGCUUUGAUGUCGACUGCUUCAUCUCAGCUGUCUCAAAAGUUGAAUAAUGGAUCUGGAUCUCCACCUUCCACUAUAGUCUUCAGAAAUGACGAUGAUUUACUCAAUAUUAAUUUCGAUGAUCUCGAUAAGUUGAGGGAAAUGGCCAAUCCUCAAGAUGUGGAUGUGGCCAUAUCCAAAUAUUCCACGUAUUUAGAAACUGCUGUUAGAGAGCUGACUAGUGGAAAGUACGUGGACACAAAGGGCCCUUUAGUGUUGAACAAAAUGUUUGAUAUAAUAUGCAAAGCGUGGGCUGUACCGACAUAUGGUCACGAACUUGGAUAUGCACUGUGCAACACUCUUCGAAAUUGUGGAGGCAUGGACAUGCUAUUGAAUAAUUGCGUAUCAAAAGAUCAAACUGUUCAGUUUUGCAGUGCCAGACUAUUAGAACAAUGUCUGACUACCGAAAAUCGUUCUUAUGUCGUAGAUAAUGGCUUGGAAAAGGUAGUACAUGUCGUUUGUGCUUACAAAAGCCAAGUCAGUUCAGCAGAUCAAUCUAAAGUCAGCACAGGAAUUCUCGAACAUUUAUUCAAACACAGUGAAGUUACAUGUAGUGAUGUCAUUAGACUUGGUGGGCUUGAUGUAUUACUGUACGAAUGCCGAAGACGAGAUAUUGAAACAUUAAGACAUUGUGCUGGUGCUCUGGCCAAUUUAUCACUUUAUGGUGGAGCCGAGAAUCAGGAGCUGAUGAUCAAACGGAAUGUGCCAACAUGGCUAUUCACUUUAGCAUUUAAUAAUGAUGACAACAUUAGGUAUUAUGCAUUUUUAGCUAUCGCUGUUCUUGUAGCUAACAAAGAAAUUGAAGCAGCGGUUCUUAAAUCUGAAACCUUGGACUUAAUCGACCCUUUUAUCACAACUCACACACCGUCAGAAUUCGCCAGGUCCAAUUUGGCUCAUGCUCAUGGUCAGAGUCAUCAUUGGUUGGAAAGACUGGUUCCGGUAUUGAGUUCGAUUCGAGAAGAAGCUUGUAAUCUAGCAGCAUUUCAUUUUUGCAUGGAAGCUGGUAUCAAGAAACAACAAGGAAAAACACAUUUAUUCAGAGAAAUCAAUGCUAUUGAGCCAUUAAAAAAAGUAGCCAGUUGUCCUAAUGCCAUAGCAUCUAAAUUUGCGGCACAAGCACUAAGACUAGUCGGUGAGGAAGUCCCACAUAAACUUAGUCAACAAGUGCCAUUGUGGUCACCCGAAGAUGUAAGUUUAUGGGUAAAACAAAUAGGUUUCAGUGAAUGCGCAAGAAAUUUUGUAGACAGUAGAGUAGAUGGUGAUUUAUUAUUACAACUAAACGAACAUAAUUUGAGAGACGAUAUAGGAAUACAAAAUGGAAUCAGACGAAGAAGAUUCAUGAGAGAAAUACAAAAUUUAAAGCGAUUAGCUGACUAUAGUAGUAGAGAUUCGACAAACUUAAACUCAUUUCUACAAACUAUUGGUCCAGAAUUUUCAAUUUACACUUACUCCAUGCUCAAUGCCGGUGUUGAUAAAGAAUCAAUUAGGUUUUUAUCGGAAGAACAGUUGGCGAAUGAGUGUGGAAUCUUAAACAGUAUUCAUCGAUAUAGGAUAUUAGAUUCUAUAAGAGAUAUCGAGACGAUGAUGGGUACGUCGUCGUUUGAAGAAAACAUGAACAAACAACUUGAUGUGUUCAUUAGUUACCGUAGAUCUACUGGAUCUCAACUUGCGAGUUUGCUCAAAGUUCAUCUACAGCUUCGAGGAUUUACAGUGUUCAUCGAUGUCGAGAGACUAGAAGCUGGCAAAUUUGACAACAAUUUAUUGCAGAGUAUUAAACAAGCAAAAAAUUUCCUACUCGUUUUGACGCCAAAAGCACUAGAUAGGUGCAUAGGUGACAGCGAGUGUAAAGACUGGGUUCAUAAGGAAAUUGUUGCUGCUUUGCAAGACCAGUGUAAUAUUAUUCCUAUUAUAGACAAUUUUUCGUGGCCCGAACCCGAGACGUUACCCGAAGACAUGCGCAACGUCUGCAAGUUUAACGGCGUCCGGUGGAUACACGAUUACCAAGAUGCGUGUGUGGAAAAGCUGGAGCGGUUCAUGAGGGGCGAGCUUAAUGCUCGAGACGGAGCCAGCAUAGCACUUUCACUGCCACGGUCUGGCGGUGGCGCGUCAACAAUCAAAAGCGAAUCUUCGGCACCAAACACUCCGCUAAUCAUGGGCAGGUCACCGCCUACUUAUCAGCGGACACAAUCCAACGAGAGCGAUAGAGACUUUGGCGGUAGUAAAGAUUGACUAGCGUCGAACACUUCCAGAAAUAGGAAGUGUUCGAAACUGUCCGGUUGGAGACCGCCUAUGAGCCCGAAAAAUGGUGCCAAAAAUAAACGUGCCCGGAGUGUGGAAGGUCUAUUAGAGACUACGGAACCAAGGAAAGA